AUGAGCGUGUUCGGCGGCGACAGCUGGGGGCGUGAAUCGCAGCAGCGCAAGCGCCACCUCGACGACCUUAUGCUCCCUGCCUCGGCCUCCUCCCCGUCCGCCUCCGGCGGUUCAUUCAAGAGGCUCUCAAGUGGCAAGUUCGCCUGCCUCGUCUGCCCCCACCGCCCCGUCCUCGACUCCCCUCUCAUGCUCUCCAUGCACAAUAAAGGUUCACGGCACAUUGCAAUAGAAUCUAGGCUGAGGGAGAAAGAAUUGUCAAGGCAGCAAGAGAUAAACAAAAGACUGGCUCUUUCUUCAGAAGCUUCUGUUUCGCAGUAUGGUAAUCAACAUCCUGGUGUUAGGCCUAGUGAUAUGAAGGAAAAACCAUUAAUUGAGCAGACUCGAAGGGCUAUUUUGGAAGCACAAUCAAACAGAUCCAACAAUUUCAGUGCCACCAAGGAAUCUCGUGAUCUCGUGAGGAUGGAAAAUUCUUUGUACCCUUAUUUCCGAGUUGCUCCUUCCCGUGUCUCGUUGGAAAAAUGGACUGGAAAUACUGGGCCUGCUGAAUCUAAAAGCAGUGAAGGAGGACCCUCUAAUGGCAAUAAAAAACCAAGCAAGGUUGAAUUUGACUCCGAUGAAGAUGAUCCUAACAUCUGUAUCAAAGACAAUCAAGCCCCUGAAAGACUGGUGCUCAUCUAUGGCCUCAGCCAGCAUGAUUGA